UGAAGCAACAUGUUCGCCUGAUCAGUUAGACGCUAGUAAACAGGAACUGGAUUCGUAGCUAGGAUACUGCACCGAAAGACGUAGAAAAUGAACACCGAUCCAGUUGUAAUUGUCUCUGCUGCCAGAACUCCUAUAGGGUCUUUCAAUGGUGCAUUAAGCAGUGUACCCCUUCAUGAUUUGGGCACUGUAGUCAUUAAGGAGGUUUUGAAGAGAGCCAGUGUAAAGCCAGAUGAUGUAUCUGAGGUCAUCAUGGGACAUGUCCUCACUGCAGGUCAGGGGCAGAACCCCACCAGGAAGGCCAGUGUCGGAGCUGGCAUCCCAUAUUCAGUACCAGCAUGGGGCUGUCAGAUGGUGUGUGGCUCUGGUCUGAAAGCGCUGUGUCUUGGGGCUCAGGCCAUCAUGACAGGAGAGUCCACUGUGGUGGUGGCAGGCGGUAUGGAGAGCAUGAGUCAGGCACCUCACACUGUGCACAUGCGGUCAGGAAUAAAGAUGGGAGAUGCUUCACUGCAGGACUCCGUAGUGGCAGAUGGACUCACGGAUGUUUUUCACAAAUGCCACAUGGGCAUCACUGCGGAGAAUAUUGCUAAGCAAUGGGGCGUGACCCGCGAGGCUCAGGACCUGUAUGCUGUCACUUCCCAGAACAGAACGGAGGCUGCCCAGAAGACAGGCUACUUCGACCAGGAGAUUGUGCCAGUUAUUAUUCCUUCUAGAAAAGGGCCAGUAGAAGUGAAGGUUGACGAAUUCCCUCGUCAUGGCAGUAACAUGGAGGCCAUGUCCAAGCUGAAGCCAUGUUUUGUAAAGGACGGCUCUGGAACAGUCACUGCUGGCAAUGCAUCAGGGAUAAAUGACGGAGCUGCAGCUACUGUUCUCAUGAGCCAAUCAGAGGCUCAGAGGCGGGGCCUGCGCCCGAUGGCACGAAUCAUCUCAUGGGCCCAGACAGGACUUGACCCAUCCAUUAUGGGCACAGGGCCAAUCACAGCCAUCAGGAAGGCAACAGAGAGGGCGAGCUGGCAGCUGGCUGAAGUGGACCUGUAUGAGAUCAACGAGGCCUUUGCUGCUCAAUGUGUGGCAGUGGUGCAGGAGCUCGGCCUCGACCCCAGCAAGGUGAAUGUCUGUGGAGGGGCUAUAUCCCUGGGACACCCUCUGGGUAUGUCUGGCUGCAGAGUGUUGGUGACCCUGCUGCACACACUCCAGAGGACUGGGGCCAAGAAGGGGGUUGCUUCACUGUGUAUUGGUGGUGGAAUGGGAAUUGCUAUGUGUGUAGAGAGAGUCUAAGAGUGUUAUCCUUCUCACAGUCUCAUACACACACACACACACACACACACACACACACACACACACACACACACACACAUUGCUGUUAUGGAGACCUGGAUCAGUUCUUACAGUGAUUUGUAGGUUUUAAUGCAUCUAUGAAUUCUAUUUUUCUAAAUAAGUCAUAUGUUAUUUGUGAUAUAUUUAAAGCAAUGGUAAGUUAACUGCUCUAUGUUAAUUUUCAGGAAAACCCGCACAUCUGUAAUGUUCAACAAGAGAUUGUUCGUGGAGAAAGGUUUAUAGAAUUUCCAUCUGUGUCCAGUAAAGUCUUGUUUAAUAUUUAUGUAGAGUGCAGUGUUGGGAAUUAACAUAUCUUUUCUUGAAUUAUGUGAAAUGUAUUGAUUUUGAAUGUGAACAACACACCCUCAGUCUUACAAUAGCUGCUUUGUGAGUGCAGACUGCUCCUACAUUGAAUCACCUCUUAUGUGAAAAGUGAAUCUGAAACAUUAGAAGGAGUACACAACUCUGAGGACCUGACCUCCAGUUCAGAAGUUAGCUUCUGCUUUGUGCUUCAAAGCCUCCCACUUCCACCUCCACAAGCAAGACAAGUGUCCAAGUCAGACAGAGAGGAAGAGGUAGCACACGGAGGUGGGAGGGGCAAAAUGUUGUCAUGAGCAACAAAGGGAAAAUGAGUGCAUAUGGUAAGUUAGUUAAAAGGGUGGAGAUUCCGUUGUGGUCUGUUCCCCAAACUUCAAUUAUUGUGUGACGAUGCAAAAACUAAAUUUAGUUUUAAAGCAACAAUACCUUUAGCCUUCACACAUUCCACUUCCUGUAAAUGUAACUAAUACUGGGCUUUAGAACUUUCAUGGUGUUGAUUGAUUUGGUGUGAAGCUGGGCCACAUUGUCUCAUGGUUAACCUGUUACUAGUGUGUCAUGCAUUGUAAAAUCAUAAAGAAAUACCCUGUAUACUGGUCUGCAGAUGAAAGGUACAGCUAGUAGAACCAAUCCCAGAAUGCAGGACUGUAGACUUGCCUUAGAAUGCAGUCACCAUGUUCCAUAAGGCUGAACUAACCUCUGUGCUGUGCUUCCUGUAGAUAACCCUAUUAGCAGAAGGUACUGAAUACUGUAAUAUCCUGCAGUAUGCUCGUGUAAGAUUUAAUUCGCAAGGGACCAUAUGUUUACAUAAAUAAACUCAGCUGUGUAUCUCUUCAAUAAAUAAAGAAUUCACCAUGA